AUGACGCCACCCGCCAUCACCAGCAACACUUCCCUCUCGCGACGAGGCUCGGCCCUCAGCCGUCAACAUCGCAUGAGCUCCGCUUGCUCGAGCGCCACGUCUUCGGGCUCGCGCCCUCGCUCCUCGCGAGGAAGGAGCACGUCGCCCCUUGAUCCCUCGAAACAGGACGCCGCGAUCCAGAUGGCUGCCAAGCGCGCCUCGACAUCCAGCUAUGCUUCGACCGCCUCGUCGUCCUACUCGACGUCGUCUAGCGAGUCCAAGGCUGCUGACACAUCGGCUGCUACCUCGACACUUCCUUCGUCAGGAUCCACCACCAAGAUCUCGGCCAACCUCCGAGCACUGCUCUUCGAGGAGGAGUACCAAGACGAGGUGAUCGAGCACAUGCACCACAUGGAGUCGCAAACGGUGGCCGCCGUCGAGCUCAUGGACGUUCAGCCUGAGCUCAAGUGGUUCAUGCGCCCCUACCUGGUCGACUUCCUCAUCGAGAUCCACCAGACGUUCAAGCUGCGACCGGAGACGCUCUUCCUCACCAUGAACAUUGUCGACCGCUACGUGUCGAAGCGCAUUGUGUACAAGCGCCACUACCAGCUUGUUGGCUGCGCCGCGCUCCUGAUCGCGGCCAAGUUCGAGGACGCCAAGGACCGCGUUCCCACGGUCAAGGAGCUCAGCCAGAUGUGCUGCAACGCCUACGACGAGUCGGCAUUCUCCCAAAUGGAAGGCCACGUUCUCUCGACCAUCGGCUGGACUCUUGGCCACCCCACUGCCGAGGCGUGGCUGCGCAUCGAGAGCGUGCGCAACGGCGAGGACCUCAAGACGGUGAACCUGGCGCGCUUCUUCCUGGAAGUGAGCCUCUUCCACCGCGACUUUAUCUCGCUCAAGUCGUCGGCGUUGACCAAGGGUGCGCUGAUCCUCGCACGCUUCAUCUGCGGUCUGCCGCAGUCGUGCAAGCUUCUGCCGACGGACGAUGCUGCCAAGGCGGCUCACAUGCUCGACGCGUACGUGUCCGAGAACAUUCAGGACCUCUCGCUGAUCCUGAUCAAGAAGUACUCGUACGCCUACUUCUCCAACGCUUCCACCGUGGUCUGCGACUGGUACCGCGCGCGUGUCGCCGCAGCCAAGUCGGCACCUCCCUCUGGCCUGCUCCCCGCCCAGGCGGUCACGCGCAACGCCGAAGUCGGCAGCGCAGAUGUGGACGAUGACGAGUCCAUGUGCUCGCAGCCCACCACGCCCGCAUCGUCGGUGCAGUCGACACCAUCUCGGUCCAUGGACGAAGACGAGGACGAGGACGACGAGGACGACAUGCCGGUGACGCCGCUGUCGUUGUACUCGCUCCACGACCCUCUUGUUGCCGCUGCUACUGCCGCCGGUCUCCCCGUCCCGAUGCCUGCAUCGCGCGCUUCGGUGCAGGACAAGGAGAACCGCUCGUCGGCUUCGAAUGGCAGCAUGCCAUCGAGCAAGAGCUCCUCGACGCACUUGACAGUGCAGCAGCCUGUUCUCGGCGCAAGGAAGCCGCUCGGAAACGUGGUCUGGAACGUCAACGUUCAGCAGUUCUAG